UAUCGUUAAACUGUAUAGUUCUGUAUCGCGUAAGCCGAACAUUAUCGCCCGCCACCACAGACAACCUCGUCCGACAGCUUCAAGCCCAACCUCUCAAGAUGCCCGGCAAAGUCAAGGCCUACGAGCUCCAAUCCAAGUCAAAAAAUGACUUGACCAAGCAACUUAAUGAGCUCAAGGGUGAGCUCCUGAGCCUCCGCGUGCAGAAGAUUGUCGGAGGUGCCCCCUCAAAACUUACUAAGAUCAAUGUUGUCCGGAAGUCGAUUGCACGGGUGCUGACAGUGAUGAACCAAAAGGCACGGCAAAACCUGCGGGAAUACUACAAAAAUAAGAAGUAUCUCCCACUCGACCUCCGACCGAAGAAGACGCGUGCAAUCCGGAGACGGUUAACUAAGCACGAGGCGUCGUUGAAGACAGUGAAGCAGCAUAAGAAAGACAUUCACUUCCCUAUCCGCAAGUAUGCAGUGAAGGCAUGAGUUGGUGGGGCAGGAGAGUCCACGAUUAUGCCGAUGAUUUACUGUUUCCACGUUGAUAUUCCGUAUGCCCUGCACCCGGCCACGAUAUGCAAAA